AAUAACAACAACAAUAACAAUAAUAACAACAACAAUAACAAUAACAAUGGUGAUAACAGUAAUAGUAAUGAUAACAAUGAUGAUGCUGAUAAGGAAGAGGUGGAUGAUGAAGAUGAAGAUGUUGAAGUAGAUGUCACAUCAAACGAUGACGACAUAAAACCUUCUACACAUCCACCUCCUCACCCUCUUGUUAAUCCUCUUGUCCAUCCUCAUCCUCUUGCCGUGUCGGCCAUGAUGCAAAAUGGCGUACAUUGUGAAGAAGCAGCUUGGCGAGCAGCAGAGAUGGCGCGGAACAAUAUGUCGCCAGAAAUUAAGAAAGAAAGACACCUCCCCUCCGACAUGAUGGAAGCAACUAACAUGGAGGAGCAACAUCGAAUCAAGUCUGAAUAUGGUGUCAUGGACUCAUCAAUUGAUUCUGAGGAAAAACUUGAUAUGAGAAGAAUGGAAGAAUUUGGUGAAGGGAACCGAUGUCGAAUGAGAGAAGAAUGUGAGGCGUGUGAUGCCGCGUUGAAGAUAAAGGCAGAAGCGGAAGCCAAGGCAGCUGUGAUUACGAACGAUAUGAUGUAUAGACCUGAUACUUUUAUUAAAAGGGAAGAUCGGUGUAUUGAUGACGAUAAAGAAUCUCCAAGUAUUGCCCAGAAAAUUUACAGGGAGGUUAGCGAUCCAAACAUGAAAGAUGGUUGCUGGCCCCCAACUCGGAAUAUCGCUGAAGAGAUUUAUCGUGAGUGUCGUGAGGGAAUGAUGUUUGAUCCGAGCAUCUGCACUAACAACAACAGCAUUAUCAUCAAUAAUAAUAUUCUUCAUGGUGGUAACAGUGGUGGUGGUCAUAUUGACCAUAACAGCAGCAACAAAGAGAUAAAAAUGAUGACACCGUUGGAACUAUAUGGCAGACAUAUCAGUCCUCCGAGAAAUAUUGCUGAAGAAAUUUAUCGGGAGCACCAUUUCCUGGGUAAAUCUGAAGGACUGCUUCGAGAGUGCCACGGGGAAUGUAAGAAAGAUAUCUGUUGUGAUAUGGUGGUUCCUAAAGAACUUGCUUAUCGAAAUAUCGCGCACGAACUUUACGGCGAAGGUGUACAAGACAAGCGAACUGAAGAAUCACACCGUAACAUCGCGCAGGAGAUCUACCGUGAAGUAAGGGGGGAUAACCAGAGACUGUUAGUCGUAAAUAACUCUCCUGACAUGAAGGACAAACGAAGAGACGGUCUAAAAGACAUGGCCGCGCGGGAGUACCCGCUUCAGGUGCAUCAUCGGGAUGCAUCGAAAGAUAAGUGCAGGGAAGGGUUGAAAGACGGACAACAACAACAGCAACAGCAGCAACAACAUCACCACCACCAUCAUCACCAUCACCACAACCAUCAUAAUCAUCAUAACCAUCACAACCACAGCAACAAUAACAACAACAAUAACAAUAACAACAACCAACAACAGCAACAUCAUCAUCACCACCACCAAAUGCAAGCUCAGUCAAAAGAUAAACAACAGCGAGACAAUGCUAAUAUUAAAGAGAAACUCUCCUCUUCCACAUCUACGUCUCCCAAAUUGAAAAGCAAUGUUUCUGUGGAGAGUAAAGAUGAUAACAAACAGGUUAGGUGUUCAAGCCCCAGUAAAGAUCCCAAGGACAAAGAUAAAGGGAAAUACAGUGAUUUCAUGAGGCUCCUCGCUGCCAGCCACAUUCCGCCCAAACUGGCUCCUCAUAUGAAUGGCUAUGAUCAAUAUUUCUCCCAGUUGAGACCAGCCGAUGCCAUCCAUCCGGGAUUUCCACCACUGUUCCAGAAUUGUAUGCUUUACGGUCAUCCGGCAUUUUUACCACGUGAUCCGUACUUCUUCCCGCCAACGUCGUUACGUUUGGCUAGUUUCCCAGGACAGUUUGUGGCACCACUCAUCUAUCCACCACGCUUUCCCUUGGAGACGACACCACGCAUGUUUGAACUGCUCCGUCCCAUGUCUUAUCUACCCACUGAGGGUCUCCUCACGCCAUGUACGACACCCACACCCUGCGGUACCCCUACACCGACACAGUCAUCGUCGACAACGUCGACAACUCACUGCUCAGCAGCAGGUGGCACUACCGCCUCUACCAACAGCCCCACAUCUACCACUGGACAUCCGAGUAUGGGCAAUGUCUCCUUGUCCAGCAGUGUAUCUUCUACUUCUUCGUCUACGUCGUCACUGUCGUCGUUGUCAUCGUCGUCAUCAUCGUCAUUGUCGUCGACGUCCUCAUCGUCUGCGAUAUCCUCAACCACAAAUUCCAGUGGUCACAAACGGUCGGUGUCCGAUGCCGAGAAGGCCCUCGAUCUGUCGACGAAACGUAUGAAAAUGGACUACCACAACCACCACCACCACCACCACCACAGUAACAACACCAACCACCACAACAGUAUCAACAACAAUCACAAUAACAACAACAACCAUAGUAACAAUAAUCACAACACAAUUAACUACAACAACAAUAACAAUAACAACAACAGUAACAUUAACCACAGCCAUAAUCAUCACAAUCACCAUCACUCUGGGUUCCGGUUAAACGGUGUUAACAGCGGUUUAUUACUAAACGGCAAUAAAGACUGUAAGAAAUUAGCCAAUAAACAACAACAACAGCAGCAACAACAUGGCUACCAAACGGAGAAUUCUGUGCGGUUGAAUGGUAUGAAUGGAGGAAAUAAUCUUCACAAAGUAGACAAUAUGAAAGUAUCAAAACAUGGGGAGUUGACAAGUAGCAACAGUGGUGCAUCUGCAGUGAGUGGGGCAGUGAUAAGUCCUUUGGGUAAAUCACGGACUUACAGUAACAAUACCACCACCAACGUCACCAUCAAUAACAACAACAAUAAUAGCGGCAACAGUUGCAGCAGCGGUCACAACAACAAUAACAACAGCAACAGCAACAACACAGAUUUUAGUAUGGAAGAGAUGAUCAGGAAAGGCUGUACUUGUACUUUCAAGAAAGGAAUUGUUCCACGUUACAUUCACCAAUGGACAGUUCUGGAAGUUUGUCAGUUCAUUGCUCAGUUAGAGGGAUGCAUGGAAUAUACAGAGGUUUUCCGAGAAAACCGAAUUAAUGGAAAGACACUGCUGUCGCUAACGCGCGAAUACAUGAUGGCGACAUUGGGAAUGAAUUUAUCAUCGGCCAUGUUGCUAACGGAGGCCGUUGCCAUGCAACAAAAGAAAGAGGCUAUUUAUAAAAUGUGUAAUUACUGCCAGCACACAGCUCGAGAAGCUUUGGUUUCGGCUACGUAAUGAGUGAACACACACACAGACAUACAUACACACACGUGCACGCACACACAUACUCACACUCAUAUAUAUAUAUAUAUAUCUGUGUGUGUAUUGUACAUUGCAUAUUGUAUAUAAUGACAAGGUAUUUACACUUGUCUACAGCAUACAGUGUUUGCUAAAAUCUAUAGAUAUAUUCUGUUGCACAUACAGUAUUGUGUUGAAACAAAACACUGUUAACGCACCACUUAAUAUAUAUAUAUAUAUGUAUUUACACAUACAUAUGUACAAAUAUAUAUAACUGUGUGUGUGUAUAUAUAUAUAUAUAUGUAUGUAAAUGUAUAUAUAUGUAUGUAUAUGCAUAUAUAUAUGAUGUAUAAUAGAACUUUGAAGAACCAUUGUACAGAUUUUCUUGUUGAACAAUAGAUAACAGAGUAUAUGGCACUGAUGUUAUGCCAGACAUUGUUAUUGAGGAUUAACUUAAAGAAUCCUUGUUGACUGCUUUACACCUCCCCCUUUCCUUUCAUUAUUUUUUUUCUCUCCAGUUCCGGCCCCUGAAUUAAAAAUAUGAAAAGUAAAAAAAUUACAAAAUGAAAACAAAAAAAAA